GAGUUCCUGAACCAACUUCUCGAUGCCGCUCUCACCCAAGUCAUGAUGGUGCCCCUCCCAUACAUCAUUUGUGGUGAUUUCAACAUGGAACUUGAAGGACUCCCGAUAUGGCAGGAGUUCUUGGCCAAAGGUUGUAAAGACUUGAUAGGAAUGGACAGCCAUUCUCAGAUGCACCAGCUUUGGUAUGCCUUUUUGCAGAUGGGUGCAAUGCCAACCCGAACUUGGACCAGCCCCUUGGCCACUUCCCAGUCAGGUUCCACAGCGCAGGUCAAAGGACCUGACACACGUUCCAUGCAUGCGACAGCACUGCGGCAAAUGGAAGAUGAAGGAGCGGAAUUCGACAAACUGCCAGCCAUCACUGUGCAUCCUAUGGCUGCUAUGCACAGGGCACUGCAUUUUCAACAGCCUCCUCCAGUCAUAGCGCAGGAGUUCACACAAUUUGCAGACUGCAUCCUGCGUAUGGACAGGGAAUACCACAUGUACAUAGAUGGGAGUUGCGUUUUUCCAAGCUCCCCCACAACUCGAUACGCCGCAUUCGCGGGGGUGAUGGACAUGGCCAGGGAUGACGACCAUAGGCGUUCACUUGCGGAGCAAUUCAAGGUGCGGGGCAUUGUGCCCCCAACACUUAGGCCAUGCUUUGCCGGGCGGGUUAUAGGAGAACAAACUAUUAACCGCGCAGAGUUGUCAGCACUCAUCCAAGCGGCUAUGUUCUCGCGAGCCAUCCUGCACACGGAUAGCCAGUAUGCAUGCAAUAUGGCACAGGAAGUUGCCCAACACAAGCCAAUCGGACCACAAUGUGCCAAUAGAGACUUGCUCACAGCCCUUCGUGCCGCACACAUCGACCCAGCCAGGGUUCGAAAAAUUCGAGCCCAUCAAGACUUGGCGGGAAUCACAGACUUGUUGCAACUCUACCAUGCUUUGGGUAACACCAUAGUAGAUGAAACUGCAAAAAGAGCGUGCCAAGAUCUUGCCAAGCCGUGGCAAGCUGAGUUGCAGGCUUUUCAUAACCAGAUUCAGUAUGAGCGUGACUUGUUGCAUGAUGUUUACCUGUUAUAUUUGGAACUCAGCACAGCCCGUAGCGUUGCUGAAAAACAGUUGACCCGACAGGAAGACACCACCCUGCCACCAGCGGCGAAGGUGCCAGAUGACAAAAUCAUGUUGGCCGUUGCCAAUUGGCAGCCAGAUGACGUUUUUGCCAUGCAGAAGCCUGCCACCAUGGAGUGGACACCGUUUUUUUCAUGGGGCAGCGACCUUGCAAUGAAAAUUGUUGCGUGGAUGGAGCAAAUACGAUGGGUCAGUGAGGGACAGGGUCCGCUUGAGAAGGUUGAAAACAACGAGGCGCACUUGGAAGACAUGAAGCUCUCGCAAAGCGAGAAUGGUAUCACUAAGGUCUACCCGCCGAAAUGGCGGAGCUUCAAGGGCUAUGCCGUGGACUUUUCCUUGGGCAAAGCUUUGCACCAGACCUUGACCUUCGUCGAGGAUGGAGAUGUGCCAACUCCAGGUGAGAAACUCGCCGAGGUGUGUUUGUAUGUGGUGUCCAUGGAGAAGCUGAAAACGGCCUAUGAGAAGUGCUCCGAGGCUGGCCUUGUUGAAGCCACUUGGGAGGAAGUUGAGAACUCCCGGGAGUUUAGCUUCUCGCGUUGCCCAGACCCGACCGACCAGAAGAUAGUGCUGGAACUGCGGCAUCGUCUCAGAGCCCCUGAGCACAAAGAGUGGCCUUUGCCCAAGGACCUUCCAAGCCGUGCCGUGUUUUCCAGCGCUAGCUGAAGUGCCGAUGUGAUUCUCCACGGAGAUCACAGAGCAGCAAACUCAUGGGGUUGACGAACAAGAGAAGCGGCUUCAACCAGGAAAAGGGAUUCAAAGC